UGUGUGUGUGUUUAGAGAGAGGGAGAGAGAGAGCGAGCGGGUGACAGACACUGAGCACUGGGCUGCUUGUCCUGAUGAAUGUGACUGGACUUCACGAUGAUCAGCUCUCCAACUUUACAAACGUGCUGACUGUGGGACUGUAUCGAGAUGUUGCAAAGGCAGCGCCCUUUUUGCAUCUGAAAUCCUUCCAACGUGUCCAGUGCUGCUGAAGUGAGCUGUUAAAAAGGGAAUUGAAUGUUUGCUUGCGAAACCACUGGCUCAGCUGUUUGUGGAUUAUGGGGACAACUGCCAGUGCCGCUCAGCAAGCGGUAUCAAUCGGGCAACCCAGCGAUAACGGCCAGAGCAACGGGACCACAGACAGCCGGCGGUCAAUCAGUGUCAACUCCUUCCAGACCCUCAGCAUUCACAACAAGGCCAAAUCCAUCAUCACCAACAAAGUGGCACCAGUGUUGAUCACGUAUAAUUGUAAAGAAGAGUUUCAGAUUCACGAUGAUUUGUUAAAAGCGAAUUAUACAAUUGGGAGAAUUUCGGAUAACUUGCCGGAACACUAUCUUGUCCAGGGGAAAUAUUUUAUGGUCUGUGAUAUCUACAGUAAGUUAGACGUCUUGAACACUACCGGCAGCUAUGGAGUACCCAACUUCAGGCAGGCCAAAGGAAGUUAUCCAGUGUUUGGAAUGGGACAACCCAGUCUUAAUGGUUUUAAACAGGUUCUCCAAGUCUUUCAGCAGGAAGGUUAUGAGGAAAUUCUGUUUUACUGCAUUCGUGAGGAGCCUGUGGUUUUCCUGCAUGUGGAUAACGACUUUAUUCCAUACACUCCCAGGAGCAAAGAAAAUCUUCAUGAGAACCUUCACGACUUGGGGAGAGACGUGAAAGUGGAAAAACUAGAGCUGACCAUCAGGAAGGAGCUUUAUAACUUUGCUCAGUUGAACGAAAAUAUCAAUUAUGUCUAUAAUGACAUAGAACACUUUAAGGAUGAGCCUCGGACUAUUUGUAUUUGCAGUGAAGAGGACAUCCAUGUAACAGAAGAGGUUUACAAAAGACCUUUCUUCACCAAGCCUUCUUACAGGUAUCACCGGUUACCUCUGUCUGUGGAUGGGUUACCGCUACAGUCACAGCUAGAUGCUUUUAUUAACUCGCUCAGGGAGACCCCAAAUCUCAUACUACUUCAGGAUCCCAAAAGACCCCCUCCUGCAUUAGUCUUCAGCUGUCAAAUAGGAGUUGGCAGGACAAAUUUGGCGAUGAUUCUGGGAACCCUUGUGAUGUGCCACAGGAAGGGUUUCCCUGAAAAAUGGGGAACCGAUCAGAACACCAGCAUUAAAAAGAGGGAGCAAUUGCAGGUUAUCCAGAACUUUGUCAAGGCCCUGACAAAGGGACAACAGAUUGUGGAAGAGGUGGAUAUAGCCAUAGCGCUCUGCUCUGAAAUGCAUGACAUUAAAGAAGCCAUUUUUGAAUACAAGCAGAAGAUGGAGAGCAUUGGGGAGAAUGACCAGGUUCAGGGCAACAGCACCAAAGAAUAUUUUCUCCAAAGAGUACUACAGAGCACAGAGUGCUAUUUCUAUCUCGUCGCUUUUAACUACUAUCUGCACGAACAGUACCCCUUGGCCUUUUCACUUAGCUUCAGCAGGUGGAUGUGCAGGCAUCCCUGGAUGUACAGACUCUUGGCUGGAAUGAAUGUGUCAGAGCUCACAGCCCCUUGCGACUUAGUAACAAAAGGAAUCAGAGUGUUGGUUGCAGAUGAAGCACUGGAUGUGCUCAGCACAGUGAGAGAAAUGAAAGUGGCCAACUUCAGACGGGUUCCAAAGUUGCCAAUCUAUGGCAUGGCUCAGCCCAGCUCAGAGGCAUGUGGCUCAGUCCUGAUGUACCUGACUGACGAGAAGAGGAAGUACAGCGACAUCCUGUGGGUGACCUUGAGAGAGGAGGUGGUGCUGGAUGGGAAUGGACAAGUGUACACCCCCCGGGAACCAAGCUGUUUGGAGCAGCCCAUCAGUGUGCCCACCGACUCACCAGACCAACUAGAGAGACUGGAGAGUGGCGUUAAAAAUGAGAUCCUGGCCUCACAGAAAUUGCUGGAAGUGUAUCAGGAGCAGGAGAAGCAGAUGAAGCUGUUUAAAAGUUGCCUCACCAUGCAGGAAAUUGUCAACCAACUCAAGAGUUCCCACCAGGGCCUGCUUUACCGGCGGGUCCCAAUCCCUGACUGUGGUGCUCCAAGAGAAAAGGACUUUGAUAGGCUAAUGGAAGCCAUGAAAAUGGUUUUGGCAGAAGAUACCCGCUCAGCAAUUGUAUUUAACUGUCAUAAUGGAAAAGGAAGAACAACGACUGCCAUGGUGAUAUCAGUCCUAAUCUUCUGGCACUUCAAGGGUAUUCCUGAAUGCGGUGAGGAUGAACUUGUGAGUGUGCCGGAUGCCAAGUACACCAAAGGAGAGUUUGAGAUUGUGAUGCAAAUUAUUCACCUCCUGCCUGAUGGGCAUAAAAUGAAAAAGGAAGUGGACCUGGCUUUGGAUACAGUGAGCGAGACCAUGACGCCUAUGCAUUAUCAUCUGAGAGAAAUCAUUAUCUGCACUUACAGACAGAUAAAAACAGCGAAAACAGAGAAGGAGAUGCAGAUGUUGCAGUUGCGGAGUCUGCAGUACCUGGAACGAUACAUUUACCUCAUCCUCUUCAAUACCUACUUGCAUUUGGAAAAGAAAGAUUCCUGGCAAAGACCCUUCAGUGUUUGGAUGUAUGAGGUUGCAGCCAGGGCUGGAAUUUAUGAAAUCCUGAAUCAUCUGGGGUUCCUUGAAUUUGAAGACCCAGAGGACUCACCACUUUCUAGACUAUGUUACCGCUGGCUGCAGCAAAGUACGAACACACUUCCCUUCCGAGGAGAGUUUGUUUAAUUUUUAUUUGUUAUAUUAGCUGCCGGAUGACUGCUGUUAGCCAGCGGUUGUACAGCUUUGACUUUUCUAAGUCUUUGGAACAGUUUGUUAUUCUGCUAGAAUGUACAUAGAACACAGAAAAAGUAGUGGCAAAUUGAAUCAAAACAAGUGGGAUGACUGUAGAGAGACAGCAGGACAGUAGGAUCAGUUUUGGGUUGCUCUAACAAAGAGCUGGCAUAGAUACAAUGGGCCGAAUGGCCCUCGGUAUUGUAAAUACAUCUAUGGCUUUGUGUGAAAAGGCCAAGUUGUUGCUGAGUACUUUUGAAUACAUGUGCCAUGAAAGUUAGCAGAAAGGCCCCUUCAAUCAAAAAGAAAGUGAACGAGACUUAGGCUGGGAUUUUUUGACCCUGUAGUGGCAGGAACUGCCGUGGGGGAUGUGGCAGCCCAGCUAAAAGGCCAUUGGCUUAUGGUGGGACUGGACGAUCCCGGCGGCGGGCGGGGCUGAAAAAUCCCGCCUUUAGGCAUCCUACCGAGACCUGCGGUGAUUUGAGAGCUUGCAAUAAUCUACCUUAUAGCCAAUUUCAACUGUAGUGAGACAUCAGCAUUAGGCACUGUAAUGCCUUCACAGAAGUGAACGUUAUUACAGAAUGUUAACUAGACGAAAUAUGGGGUGCAGGUAUUCAACAGCAUGGUUGCAGUAUAUAUAGAAUAUAAUGGUGAGACACCGAAUAGGAAAACAGCCAUUGUGCCAUUAGAACCUUUCACUCACUUUGAUUAUUUCUUCAGCGGCCCACUGUUGUAUAUCCUCUGUCUCUUUACUUUAUAGAAUUGCUGUGCGAAUAUACUGUAGAGCAUAUGUUAAAUUUAAAAUAAGUCAAAAUGCAUUAUGCCAUUUCAUGUGGUCGUUUGGCAUUUUUGGAUCUUGCACGUCAUGUCAAACUCAAGAGCACUUCCCCUGUAUAUUAAAUGUGCUCCCAUUAAUUUCUGUUGAAAUACCCUGGGUUCGCUUGGCACAAGAAAUAACUGAAGUCAAAUGGAUUGGUUAAAUUUUUCUAUUUAGAUCCCAAGUGCACUAUCUUCCUUUCCAAUUAACUCCGCUGAGUUCCGAGGCUGUUUUGGUAUAUCUGACACGGUUUUGUGUUUUUGCUAUUAAACGCAAGAUUGUUAUCAAAAAAACAAUGCAAAGCUUAUCUCUUUUGUGCCUUUUCAAGUGGAGAAAGACUGUUAAAGCAGUCUCCGUUUGGGCUUUUGCUGAGUAUAUAUUUUAAUCAAAGUAUUUUCGACAAUUGCAAAUAUUUUUGUAAUUAAUACAAUAUAGGACUUUGUAAACACUGCAUGAGAUAGAUACUGUGGCUCAUUUCAAACGAAAGGACUGUCCACCUGAGUGUCCUUAUUGAGGACAAAAGCUCGUUUAAUCAGGCAGUUAUUGAAGGUUUUGUUGAUGCUGAAAAGUCUUUGUAAAUAAAAGGAAUAUUUGUCUUUU